AUGUGCGAAUGGAAGUACUUUACCGGCAGCGCGUGCGCGCACCGCCCCGAAGCAGCCCCCAACGGCCUCCCGCGCCCCGUCGACGAGAGGAAAUUCAUGCAACACGGCGUCUGGGACAUCGUCCUCUGCAGAAACUACUACGCCCGCGAGGCCAACCACGGCUCCGCGCUGCCCUGCCCCGUGGCCCCAAAGCCGGACUACUACCGCAUGACGGCAGAUAUGUACAAUUACGGGUAUGAGCUUGUUACGGAGGGGCGGUUCGAGAAUGGCGAGCCCGAUUAUAGAUGUCCACGCUGCAGGGGCACGGAACCGCAGUCUCGUUCUGGGCGGCGGGCGAAGAGGCCGCGGAUGCCGGAUUGGAAUGCGGCGAGGUAG